CUGAGGAGUCUAUUUAUAUGGGGGAAGUCUCCAGUCCCAACCAGUUGAAGAAAGAAAAAGGUUAACCACCUUCUGAAAUCUUAUCACUCAAAAGUGAAAAUGAGGGAAAUCGUGCAUCUUCAAGCCGGACAAUGCGGUAACCAGAUUGGAGCCAAGUUCUGGGAGGUUAUCAGUGAUGAACAUGGUAUUGAUCCCACCGGCACAUAUCAUGGUGACAGCGACCUCCAGCUGGACAGGAUCAAUGUCUAUUACAAUGAGGCAUCAGGAGGCAAAUAUGUGCCCCGUGCUGUGUUGGUGGAUUUGGAGCCUGGAACCAUGGACUCCGUGAGGUCCGGACCCUUCGGUCAGGUCUUCAGGCCAGACAACUUUGUCUUUGGUCAGAGUGGUGCUGGAAACAAUUGGGCUAAAGGCCACUACACUGAAGGAGCGGAGCUGGUUGACUCCGUCCUGGACGUUGUUCGUAAAGAAGCCGAGAGCUGCGACUGCCUUCAGGGCUUCCAGCUCACCCACUCUCUGGGUGGAGGCACUGGCUCCGGCAUGGGCACCCUCCUCAUCAGCAAGAUCCGUGAGGAGUAUCCCGACCGCAUCAUGAACACCUUCAGCGUGGUGCCCUCGCCCAAGGUGUCUGACACCGUGGUGGAGCCCUACAACGCCACGCUGUCUGUCCACCAGCUGGUCGAAAACACAGACGAGACCUACUGCAUCGACAACGAAGCACUGUACGACAUCUGCUUCCGCACACUCAAACUCACCACACCCUCAUACGGUGACCUCAACCAUCUCGUCUCCGCCACCAUGAGCGGCGUCACCACCUGCCUCAGGUUCCCCGGCCAGCUCAAUGCAGAUCUGCGCAAGUUGGCAGUCAACAUGGUGCCCUUCCCUCGUCUCCACUUCUUCAUGCCUGGCUUCGCACCUCUCACCAGCAGGGGGAGCCAGCAGUACCGCUCCCUAACCGUGCCGGAGCUCACGCAGCAGAUGUUCGACGCCAAGAACAUGAUGGCCGCGUGCGACCCACGUCAUGGACGCUACCUCACAGUCGCCGCCAUCUUCCGCGGCCGCAUGUCCAUGAAGGAGGUGGACGAGCAGAUGCUCAACGUUCAGAACAAGAACAGCAGCUACUUUGUGGAAUGGAUCCCCAACAACGUCAAAACCGCCGUCUGCGACAUCCCGCCCCGUGGGCUCAAAAUGGCAGCCACCUUCAUCGGCAACAGCACGGCCAUCCAGGAGCUCUUCAAGCGCAUUUCCGAGCAGUUCACAGCCAUGUUCAGGCGCAAAGCUUUCCUCCACUGGUACACAGGAGAAGGUAUGGAUGAGAUGGAGUUCACUGAGGCCGAGAGCAACAUGAACGACCUGGUGUCUGAGUACCAGCAGUACCAGGACGCCACCGCAGAGGAGGAGGGCGAGUUUGAGGAGGAGGGAGAGGAAGAGCUGGCUUAAAUCUCUCUAAUAUAAGUGUCGUUUUUCAGGCUGUAUCAUUUUGCUCCUGUACAAGAUAAAAAAAAUGUUCCAAAGUUCAAUUUUCUUGUUCUGUUCUUGCCUCUUGUUUGUACAGAUGUCAUUAAAAGGCUUUUUCUUCUGUUAA